UUGAUUUGCUUCAGUAGAAGAAGAACAGCAGGACAAAAAAAAACAAAAAAAAAAACAGUCCUGGUCCGACCGACCCACCAAACUCGCUCAUCGUCGCCGGCGCACACUCGCUCUUCUUCGGCGUAGAUGCUGCUGGAAGCCCCUUCGGGUUCUCACCUGGAUCUUUUCUCCCCGCCGGUUUGAGUGCGAGGCAGCGGGACUGGGGGAUGGAGGCUCGGUCCGGGCUGUGAGCAGACUGGUUUGAGGGGGUGUUGGAGGUGUGUGUGUGUGUGUGUGUGUGUGUGUGGGUGGGGGGUCGGUGUGUGAAGCCCCAGGCCCUUUGUUGUUAUCCCGGGCUUCGUCUUGCAGCCCUCCUCCUCCUCCUCCUCCUCCUCCUCCUCCCCGGCCCUCAUCGUGUUUUCCGGCCGGGUUUCCCCUCCGUUUCACCCGGAGCUUCCCUCCCGAGAGCCGGCAGAGGAACACGUUUCAACCCGGAUCUCAAGCGGCUCCUUUCACGGAGGGUUUCAUUUGAAGGACGCGUCUAGACAAACGGACUCUUCUGGUCCUUCUUGACCCUUUUAUCUCCUGUCUCUUUGUAGACCUCUAUCUACCCCUACUCACACAGACCUGCACCUCCAUCUGUGUUUAAACCCCCCGGACUCCAUCAUGGCUCCGGUGUGCCGGGUUCUCUGGUCCCGCUACCUGCUGGUCCUGCUGGUCCUCCCCGCCGUCCGGAGCUCGUUCCCCCGCAGCGGAGCGGACUGCGGCCCCCUGAAGGCCGCCGACUGCCCAGAUCUGUCGGAGAAGAAGAGCGACCUGCGAGUGUGCGACGCCGGGACGUGUCGCUUCGGAGGAACCUGCCGAGAGAACGGAGCCGAGAUCAAGUGUGUCUGCCAGUUCCACUGCCACAAGAAGUACAUCCCUGUGUGCGGCUCCAACGGAGACACCUACCAGAACGAGUGCUUCCUGAGGAGAGCCGCCUGCAAGAAGCAGAGGGCCGUCACCAUCGUGUCCGAGAGACCCUGCUACCACGAUGGAGCAUCAGGAUCUGGUGAUGGAGAUGAUGAAGGUUCUGGUCGAGGGAAGAAGGUUUCCAAAUGUGGAAACUGCAAGUUUGGAGCCGAAUGUGAUGAAGACUCUGAGGAUAUGCUCUGCAUGUGUAACAUUGUGUGUAACGGCCACAACGACAACCCCGUGUGCGGCGGCGACGGCGUCACAUACGACACACCGUGUCACGUCAGAGAGGCGUCCUGCCUCAAGCAGCUCAAGAUAGACAUCAAACAUGUGGGCCGAUGCCAAGAUAAAAGCAGGAAGGACGACAGCAUGAAGACCAAACCAGACGUCUACAGUAAGACGCCCCCUGGGGAGGAGGAGGAGGGGUUUGUGGACAGCCCCGCCCCCUGUUCUGAAGACUACGCCCAGUUCUGUGAACACGGCCAAUGUGAGAUGAGACACAACCUUCCCACCUGCAGGUGUGAGGCGGCCUACGGGGGUCCUCAGUGUGACCAGCUGCUGGACUUCAACAUCCUGUACGUGGUCCCCAGUGGCCAGAAGCUGCACUACGUCCUCAUUGCCGCCAUCAUCGGGGCGGUCCAGAUCGCUGUCAUCGUCGCCGUGGUGAUGUGCUUCACCAGGAGGUGCAACAAGACGAAGCGCGGCCGGCGACAGAAGCAGCACCUCGGUCACUUCCCGUCAGGAACCUCCUCCAGGAUGAUGUAGCUCCUCCCACUUUUCCUUUUUAUGAAAUACCACAAGUCAAAUGUUUUCGUACUGCAGACUGGCGGCUUUUUGAUAUCUCGACUUUUUGGUGCCUCUGUUUCUUUUUUCUCGCGCUUUUUUUCAAGAAUAUUUUUUGAAUUUCUUAAGGGGCCUUAUUUUUUACAUUUUCCUCCAUAUUUGUUUAGUUGUACGUGGAACACUGUGGAUCCUCCGGCAGGAAACAUUAUUUAUCUGAUCGUCCACGAACACGUCGUCUCUUUGUUUUGACCCGUGGGACGCAGAGCGACACCCUUUCUGUGCUUUUGGUUGACCUUUAUUUUGAAGGGACACUAAAAAUGUAUGUGGCAUUAAGUCAGAAAUAUUGAAGUAAUAACUGCUGAAUGCUUCUAGAGAUAUGACUGAAACAAUCCAGCUGUUGUUUAAAUGUUCUCAGAGUCACAAAACUCAACUAUUGAUCGUCUGAUGUAAAAAUGAAAGUUGGAUGGUUUAAAUACUGAUAUUAAUAUUCAAACUCGACAUUGUUUUAAGGUUAUUUCAUUUCAACACAAGUAUUUACGAAUGAUUCCACCUCACAGUUCCUUGUGAGAUUCUAAUUAUUAUUAUUAUGAUUAUUGUUUUGCUUCCGAAGUUAGAAUACUCCUUCAAAACAAAACUACAGAUUAAGUUGAUUUUUAAUUUGAUAUUAAAACGUAGUGUAGUAAACGCCUUAAUGCUCCAGGGGGCGCUGUGCACCAGGACUACAGGUCCACCAGGGACCUUUUUUUGUUGGGUCAAAAAUAAUCUUUUCACGUGAACUCCAAUAAAGUUGAUUUUUGUUUUGUUGUUACGAAGCUCCUGAAAACCAAAAUGCUGUUUUUUCUACUGUUUAAAAAAAAAGAAAAGAAGAAAAAAAAAGAAGAAGAUGAAGAUGAAGAUGAAGAAAUGUACGAGCUGACGUGUUCAGGCUGAAUAUUUAAUUUGAGCGCUUCAUGUUCAGACAUUCCUCUGAAGAUUGUUGAAGAGUUUGUUUUGUUGGUGGAGUUUCUUCUUCUGUGGUGACGAUGAUGAAGUGUCGUGUUGUGUUGGAGGAUCAGAUCUGGGAUCAGAUCUUCUGAUUCUAAUGUCCAUGUUGCAUGAACCAGUGAACUUGUUGUUAGACAUGUAGUGGAACUAGAGUUAUUAAAUUAUGAUGUUUGA